AUGGCGGAUAUUUAUAAAAAUGUUCGUAUACCUGAUGCAAAUGAUAAAGUAUAUAAAGAUGAAUGUCUUUAUUCAUUUGAUAAUCCUGAAUCUGAGAAUGGACUUUUUAUUUGUAUGUCAACAUUUCGUGGACUUGGAAAAGAUCAUGUUGCAAGACAUUGUAAAUUUAAUCCUGGUAAAAAUGUCUUUUUACAUAUAUCACGACGACGAAAACCAGUACCAAUUGAUCCGAAUAUUGAACCAACGAAAGUAACAAAAAUGGCUAUUGGUAUUGAAGGUGGAUUUGAUGUCAAUGGAUCAAAACGAUUUACAUUUGAAGAAAAAUAUGCAAUUUAUGUACAUCCAAAUAUAAUUAUUGCUUAUCCAGAAGAAGCUGAUAAAUUACCUGAACAUGUCAAGAAAUCAGCUGAUGCUAUUAUUGCUGCCGAAUCAGCAUUUUUGAAAGAAGAACGUGCAGCAAUGAAUGCAACAUGGAAUGGAGAAAUUCGUCAAAUAACAAAACAUGCUCAAACAUUAGAACAAUUAAAUAAUGAACGUAAAAUUCCACCAAAUGGAUGGAAAUGUGAACAAUGUGAUUUAAAAGAUAAUUUAUGGUUAAAUUUGACUGAUGGAUCGAUUUUAUGUGGGAGAAAAUUUUUUGAUGGUACUGGUGGAAAUAAUCAUGCAGUUGAACAUUAUUAUAAAACAAAAUAUCCAUUAGCUGUUAAACUUGGAACAAUAACUAGUAAGGGUGCAGAUGUUUAUUCUUAUGAUGAAGACGAUAUGGUUGAAGAUCCUAAUCUCGCUAUUCAUUUAUCACAUUGGGGAAUUAAUAUGAUGAAUAUGGAAAAAACUGAUCGAUCAAUGGCUGAUUUAGAAAUUGAAAUAAAUCAAAAAUAUGGUGAAGCAUCCAUAAUUGAAGAAGCUAAUUCAAAAUUACAACCUGUCCAUGGAGCAGGCUAUACUGGAAUGAGAAAUUUAGGAAAUUCAUGUUAUAUGAAUUCUGUAAUGCAAGUAUUAUUUACAAUAAAAGAUUUUCAAGAGAAAUAUUAUAAGCAUUGUGAAUUUUAUUUUGAUCAUGCUAAAGAUCCAGUAAAUGAUUUUAAUGCACAAACAGCUAAAUUAGCUUUCGGUUUAUUAUCUGGUCUUUAUUCACGAGAAAUGCCUGAUAAUAGGGAUUUAUCAUUUACACCACCAUCAAUUGUUCGACCACAAAUGUUUCGUUCAUUAAUUGGUCAUGGCCAUCCAGAAUUCGGUACUAAACAACAACAAGAUGCUGCAGAAUUUUUAGAAUAUUUUCUUGAACAAGUACAUAAACAUUGUUUAAAUGAUCCAACACCUGAUGCAUCACUUGAUCCAAGUACAUGUUUUCAAUUUCAAUUAGAAGAACGUCUUUAUUGUCCUGAAACAGCUCAAGUUCGAUAUUUAACUCGAAAUGAUACUAUGUUUCGAAUGAAUAUACCAUUAGAUGCUGCUAAAAAUAUGCAUGAAGUUCUUCAUUAUAAUAAAACAAAAGAAGAUAUGGAAAAAAAAGGACAUAAAACGAAUGAUUUACCAAUUGUACGUCCCAUUGUUCCACUUACACAAGCUAUUGCUCGAUGGGCUGAACCAGAAAUAAUUGAAGAUUUUAAAAUAAAUCGAAAUCUACCAAAAGCAACUAUUCGAAGAACACAACGAUUUUUAACAUUUCCCGAUUAUCUUCUUAUUCAAUUAAAAAAAUAUACAUUUAAUGAUGAUUGGACACCAAGAAAAAUUGAUGUAUCAAUGGAAAUACCUGAUGAAAUUGAUAUUAAUUCAUUACGUGCAACUGGUUUACAAAUUGGUGAAAAACUUAUGCUAGAUGAUGAUGAUAAUGAAAAAGUUACGUCAGCAUCGAAUACACAAAUCAAUGAAGUACUUUUAGAACAACUUGUUAGUAUGGGUUUUUCAACUGAAGGUUGUAAGAAAGCAUUAAUUAGUACGGGAAAUAAUAACAUUGAAGCAGCAAUGAAUUGGGUAUUCGAACAUCAAUCAGAUUCUGACUUUGAUAAACCGUAUCAAGCAUCAACUGCCGAUGAAGAAAGUAUUGCUAUACUUAUUUCAAUGGGCUUUUCUCGUGCACAUAGUGUUCGUGCAUUAGCAACAACAAAUAAUAAUGUCGAAGCAGCUGUUGAUUGGGCAUCUAGUAAUCCAGAAGAUAAUUCAACAUUACAUAGAUUUAUGGAAUCUUUACCUCAAUCUUCACCUUCUGCACAGUCACCUUCAACAACUCCUCAUUAUCAUGAUGGUCCUGGUAAAUAUCGUCUCGUUGCAUUUAUUUCACAUAUUGGUAAUACUACAUCAUGUGGUCAUUAUGUUGCACAUAUUCACAAAGAUGGCCGAUGGGUUAUAUUUAAUGAUGAAACUGUUGCAUUUUCUGAACAUCCACCAAAAGAUUUAGCUUAUCUUUAUAUAUAUAAACGUGCAGCUUCGUAA